AUGGAGCAUAGCGGGGCAUACAACAUCUUGCCCAAAGCGGCUAAAGUCCUGUUCGCGCUACCAUCUUCCUCCGCUCAGAUUGAGCGGGAUUUUAGCGUUUGUGGGGAUCUGGUUACGUCCCAUCGAGCAAGCCUCUCAAACGAAAAAGUCGACAUGUGCGCUUUUCUAAACCGGAAUGAAGAGUUCGUCGAUAUUGCGCAGUGCGAGGCCAUUCCUGACGCGGAAAUUGAAGACCACAUCCCGCAAUGCGUCAGCUAUGAUUUGGAGGCGGCACCACGAGACGUUGAAGACGAAAUGAUCAUCGAGCUAUUCUCUCAGACAAGCGUAGAUGAGGAGGAGGCUAGUUGA